GGUCUGCGUCCGGGAGCCGAGCGAACUUCGGGGCGCUGUGGGUCCAGCGGGACGAGGGUUGCGGCCGAGGCCGGCGUCCGCGCUUCUUCGGCAGCAUGAGCGCGCCCGAGGCGCCCGGGUUGGCCGCGGACUGCCUUGCUGCUGACCAGGACUCCGCUCCUGCCCCCUCGGCCGUCGGAAGUAUGGAUCCCGCCGUGCUGCCGCCGCCGCCCCCCGCCGGGGACGACCCGCCGCUCCAGUCCCCGGAUCCCGCGGCUGGUUCCCAGGAGGCGGGGGCGGGCGGCUCCGCUUCUGCCUCCCCCGCCCCGGAGGCAGGCCUCGCUCCUCCUCGCGAGUUGAGCCCUCGAAUCGAGGAGCCCGAACUUUGCGAAAACGUGAGCCUUCCUGCAGAAGAGACGAACGCGCCAGAGUCGGGGCCGGGGGAGGCCGGGGAAGGCAUGUCUGAGGACCCCGCCCCGGAGGACGAGGGAUACCCCACUUGGAACUACAGCUUCUCCCAGCUACCUCGGUUUCUCAGUGGUUCCUGGUCAGAGUUCAGCACCCAACCGGAGAACUUCUUGAAAGGCUGCAAGUGGGCCCCUGAUGGUUCCUGCAUCUUGACCAAUAGUGCUGAUAACGUCCUGCGGAUUUAUAACCUGCCCCCCGAGCUGUACAAUGAGGGCGAGCAGCUGGAACGUUCGGAGAUGGCCCCUGUCCUCCGCAUGGUAGAAGGCGACACUAUAUAUGAUUAUUGUUGGUUUUCUCUGAUGUCUUCCGCCGAGCCAGACACUUCCUACGUGGCCAGCAGCAGCCGGGAGAACCCCAUUCACAUCUGGGAUGCAUUCACCGGAGAGCUCCGGGCUUCCUUUCGGGCCUACAACCACCUGGACGAGCUGACGGCUGCGCACUCGCUCUGUUUCUCCCCGGACGGCUCCCAGCUCUUCUGUGGCUUCAACAGGGCUGUGCGCGUCUUUUCCACGGCCCGGCCCGGCCGUGACUGCGAGGUCCGAGCCACAUUUGCCAAAAAACAGGGCCAGAGUGGCAUCAUCUCCUGCAUAGCCUUCAGCCCCGUCCAGCCCCUCUAUGCCUGCGGCUCCUACGGCCGCACCCUGGGUCUGUAUGCCAGUGACGACGGCUCCCCUCUUGCCUUGCUGGGAGGACACCAGGGAGGUGUCACUCACCUCUGCUUUCACCCUGAUGGCAACCGCUUCUUUUCAGGAGCCCGCAAGGAUGCUGAGCUGCUGUGCUGGGACCUUCGGCAGCCCAGUCACCCACUGUGGUCCCUGAGUCGAGAGGUGGCCACCAAUCAGCGCAUCUACUUUGAUCUGGAUCCGACGGGGCAGUUCUUAGUGAGCGGCAGCACUAACGGGGCUGUGUCCGUGUGGGACACCAGCGGGGCUGGACCGGACGGGAAGCCCGAGCCAGUGCUGAGUUUUCUGCCCCAGAAGGACUGCACGAAUGGAGUCAGCCUGCACCCCAGCCUGCCGCUGCUGGCCACUGCCUCGGGUCAGCGCGUGUUUCCGGAACCCGUGGAGAGCGAGGACGAAGGGGAGCAGGAGGUGGACCUUCCCCUGCUUUCCAUGCGCCACGUCCACCUUGAAUGUCAGCUUCAGCUCUGGUGGUGUGGGGGGGGCCCGGGCGCGGGGAUGGCCGAUGCUCACCAGGGCAAGAAGGGCCAGGGAGGGACCCAGGAAUCUGGGGACGAGUUUCUGUAAAAAAAGCUUUUAUAC